ACUGAGGGCUCAGACCAGUGUUCCAUGCCUGAGGACUUGAGAGUGGCUGAAGUUUCAGACCAUUGGUGGUACUCCAUGCUCAUACUCCCUCCCUUGCUGAAAGACAGUGUGGCAGCUCCCUUUCUAGCUGCAUAUUAUCCCGACUGCGUGGGCAUGAGUCCAUCCUGUACCAGCACCAAUCGGUUACCUGGUGAAUCCAACCUUGUGAAGUUAGAGCACUUAAAGAGCGUGCCUAAUUUGACUGUUGCAGGCAUGAACAAGUAUUUCCAGCCUUUUUACCAGCCCAAUGAAUGUGGGAAAGCACUUUGUGUGAGGCCAGAUGUCAUGGAACUGGAUGAGCUCUAUGAGUUCCCAGAAUAUUCACGAGACCCCACCAUGUACUUGGCUUUGAGAAACCUGAUUUUGGCUCUGUGGUAUACAAACUGUAAGGAGGCUCUUACCCCGCAAAAAUGUAUCCAUCACAUCAUUGUUCGUGGGCUUGUGCGUAUUCGCUGUGUACAUGAAAUGGAGAGGAUACUUUAUUUUAUGACAAGGAAAGGGCUAAUUAAUACAGGGAUUUUAUCAGUCAGUCCUGACCACUAUCUCCUUCCUAAAGAAUACCACAAUAAAUCUGUCAUUAUUGUUGGGGCUGGUGCAGCAGGAUUAGCAGCAGCCCGACAGCUGCACAACUUUGGAAUUAAGGUCAUUAUCCUGGAAGCUAAAGACAGAAUUGGUGGCCGAGUGUGGGAUGACAAGACAUUCAAAGGAGUCACUGUUGGAAGAGGUGCACAAAUCGUCAAUGGAUGUGUCAACAACCCAAUGGCACUAAUGUGUGAGCAACUUGGCAUUAAAAUGCACAAACUAGGGGAGAAAUGUGACUUGAUCCAGGAAGGUGGAAGGAUAACAGAUCCCACCAUUGACAAACGUAUGGACUUUCAUUUCAAUGCCAUCCUAGAUGUUGUCUCUGAGUGGAGAAAAGAUAAAACUCAACAUCAAGAUGUUCCUCUUGGUGAAAAAAUACAAGAGAUCUAUAAAGCCUUUAUUCAGGAGUCUGGUAUCCAGUUCAGUGAGCUUGAAGAAAAAGUACUACAGUUCCAUCUCAGUAAUUUGGAGUAUGCCUGUGGCAGCAACCUCUCUCAGGUAUCUGCACGCUCAUGGGACCACAAUGAAUUUUUUGCACAGUUUGCUGGAGAUCACACUCUUCUAACUGUGGGAUAUUCUACUGUGAUUGAUAAAUUGGCAGAAGGACUGGACAUCCGGCUGAAUUUCCCAGUACAGACUAUUGACUAUUCUGGUGAGGAAGUACAAGUCACUACUGCAGAUGGAACAGUGUGGACAACACAAAAGGUAUUAGUAACUGUACCACUGGCCCUUCUUCAGAAAAAUGCCAUUCAGUUUAAUCCUCCACUGUCAGAAAAAAAAAUUAAAGCCAUUAAUAGUUUGGGAGCAGGAGUCAUUGAGAAGAUUGCCUUGCAGUUUCCUUACAGAUUUUGGGACAGUAAAAUUCAAGGAGCUGAUUUUUUUGGUCAUGUUCCACCCAAUUCCAGCCAGCGUGGGCUCUUCAGUGUUUUCUAUGACAUGGAUCCAGAGGGCAAAGAAAGCAUUUUAAUGUCAGUGGUCACUGGAGAUGCUGUGACAACCAUUAAGAAUUUAGAUGAUAAACAAGUACUGCAACAGUGUAUGACUGUGCUUCGAGAGCUGUUUAAGGAGCAGGAGGUUCCUGACCCAGUGAAGUUUUUUGUUACUCAAUGGAGCAAAGACCCUUGGCUCCAGAUGGCAUAUAGCUUUGUGAAAACAGGGGGCAGCGGUGAAGCUUAUGAUAUUAUAGCUGAAGACAUACAAGGAAAAAUUUUUUUUGCUGGUGAGGCUACAAAUAGGCACUUUCCUCAGACCGUCACAGGAGCUUACUUGAGUGGAGUUCGAGAAGCAAGCAAAAUAGCAGCAUUUUAA